AUGCUUAAUAAAGAUGAGUUAGAAGGUGACUUAACAGCGAUAUUUGGUAGGUUAAGAAAUACCGAACAGUUUUGGAACAAACCGAGAAAUGAUGUCAUCUGUAUGACACAAUACUACCGGCCAGCAACCUGGUUUCUCACCAUGAGUCCUUCAGAAUGGAUGUGGGAUGAUUUAGGUGAGUACCUUAGGGAAUUUAACGGUCCUGAAAUGUCGAACAAGAGCAUAAGUGAAUUAGUUGCACUAGAUCCUGUCUCCACUUCUCGAUUUAUUAAUAACAAGUUUAAGGCUAUGUUGGACUUCAUUAUGUCGUCCGAUGAGCCGCUUGGAAAAGUAACACAUUACUUUUGGAGACGAAAAUAUAAAUCCCGUGGAGCACAACACUUUCAUUUAAUGUUAUGGGUAAAAGACGCCCUCAUAUUUCACGAGUCCUUGCUUGAUGUGGUUGCAUCAUUUAUUUCAAAGUACGUAACAUGUGCUAUACCUGACAAGAAUGUUUCACCAACACUCUAUCAACGAGUAACGUCAUAUCAGACUCAAAAACAUAAUAAGUAUUGCAUGCGCCAAAAGAAAACAGGAAGAGGUUUCGUAAAAGUUUGUCGUUUCAGAUUCCCCCGCCCGGUCACAGAAAUACUUAGUAUAAGAGGUAUAAUAGAAUCAAUAGUUGCAAAAAAAAAACAUUGUCCUCUAACAGUAGACUUUACUAUAUUGUACGCAAAAAAGAAUGGGUUAUGA